UAGUGGGCGGCCACUAGUUGAGCUCCGUCUUCACCGUCACGGUCAGCAUACGUCGGCACUGAAUGGCUCCCCCUUCGCGGAGACGCGCUAAGCCUUGGUGGCGGCGUGUCCGCUGCUUCCGUCCCCCGCAUCGGUCUUGUAGUCUUGGUUCAGCUAGGUACUCGGGUCACUACUCCUUUCCCCGGCGACUGCUAUCGUGACCGACCAACCACACUGUCUUAGCCAGCACGCCCUUGUUCUUCAGUCUUGUGUUGUUCCUGCGUCUUAUGCUGAUCCCCUUGAGCACCUUCCCUUGACGAUUGACUUCCGCAGCGUUCCCCCCUCGCGGUCGCUCGCGCCUCGCCGCCGAAUCAGCUUCCUGGGCGGUGCCGUAGUCACCAGCCCACGGGAAGUCGGUGGCUGAGCACUGAGCGCUCUUGGUGCGUCCGCUCCCGCCGCCGCGAGUCAGACCCGCGUCGAGAUCUCAGCCCAGAGACACUUGCCUCACAUCCUUGUCCGUCCGCGGCGGAGCCGCACUAGCGCCCCCGAGAAUGACGCCGCUGCGCCGCUCCCCGGGAGGGCGUCA